AUGCUUGGCAAGCGCAGAAAGGAGGCUCAGGCCAAUGCCCAGAAGGAUUGCGGAAAACCAAAGUGGAAGGAGGAGCUUGCGGAAGAUGAGGAGAGCGGCGAGGAGGUGACCGCCGAGGACAUGGAGGAGUGGCGCCAACGAGAGGAAGUGGAACGCAAAGCCAGAGAGGCUCGGGAAGCAGAAGAAGCAAGAAAAAGGCGCGAGUCCGAACGUGCCGCGGCUGCUGCAGAGGAGGAGCGGAAGAAAAACGCCAGAAGCAAAUCAAAGUCUUCCAGAUCUACCAGUUCUUGUUCACAUCGAUCCAGAUCGCGCCGACGCCGAAGAUCCUCGUCUUCGUCAUCAAGGUCGAGUUCCAAGACUCGGAGGAAGAGUGGUUGGGACGUCGCUGAUGCCAGCCUUAUUGCAGCAGCUACGGGGGUCCCGACGUCAGACACCAUGCAGACCCAAGCGGAAAACAAGCCGCUCAUCGUUGUGCCUCCUCCCCCACCCCCCGUUGCACGACUGGCUGGCGAUGCCAGUCCACUGGCCCCGUCAGCGCAAGCAACUCCGACACCACCCCCGCCACCAACAAUUGAGUCUUUCUGCCAACAUACACACACACCAGCCCCACCGCCCCCUCCACCACCUGUGCAUUUAAACGGAGCUGUGCUGAACGCACCUGUGCAUGGCCAGAUGUGGGAGAAGUUGCCAGUCAGUCGCCAGGGUCCUGGGCAUAUGGCGCACUCAGUCAUGCAAUUCCCAGGUGCUGUCAUGGCGCCCCAGUGGCACCCGAACAUGCAAUGGCAACCUCCGUUCUGCCAGGGUCAGACCGGUUCGUGGCAAAGCCAGGCCGCGCCAUUGUGGCACGACCCUCUUCAAGGACAUGAAGGUGGAGGAUGGCCGCAACAAGGUGAACCCCAAAGUGCUGCCCCGUACCCUGCCGCUCCUGGCAAUCCUGGCCAUGUAUUCCCCCAGAUUCAGCAAGUGUUUCCCCAAAAUGUCCCCUCGUGGGUGCCCGCACCGGCCGAUCGCUCGAACGAGGAGCGAUUUAUUGGGAGGGUGAAGAGAUUCCAGGAUGGCCCCGCAGGUGGCUAUGGCUUCAUUGACUGCGACGAAACCAAGCUGCGGUUCACCAGAGAUAUUUACAUACAUCGGAAUCAGAUGACCGGGUUGCAGAUUGGCGAUGAAGUAAGCUUCACCAUUUCAUUGAACAACAAAGGCGAGCCACAAGCUAGGAAUGUGAUGAAGCGAGAAGAUGCGCUUCUGCUUCGGGCAGGUGCUGUCCACGGCAUGGUCCCAGAAGGGCCUGCUGGGCCUUCCGCACCCAACUUGAUGGAUGAACAUGAGGCAAGGCAGUUCCAAGCAUCGUUACGUGGUAACGUCGGUUGA